GGUUCUGCUCCUCAAACGCGAUAACGAUCCAUUACGUGUGUAAACAUUUGCAAUGCCCUCCCCUAAUCGUUAAUUAUACAUUUAUAUGGGAGCGUCUAGUUUAUUAAAGCUUUACAAGUUUAAGCUAAUUAGCCUGUGAUACUAGGCCAACUCGGUGGAUCUGAUCAAAAGCAAUACGAGUAACUCCCAGUUAGUUUUAUCACCAUUCAAUUAAACUGAGGAGCUUGUAAACAGCUUCGUUCUCUUUCUGAAGGCAUUCAAACCAGUUGCAAUUGAAAUAUCAAAACAAUAAUUAUAUAUAUGUGAUCACAAUUAUCGGACAAACGUAAAAACCGGCUGUUGUUGGCAAUGAUAAGAUCAUAUCAUAUUAGAUCAUAUCGCCAUUCUAGCCAGACGUCCAUAUCGAACAAGUCAUUAUCUUGAUUGCUCGAAUUUUUAAACACCCCAAGCGAAUAGCCAUUAAGUCGGAGUCGCCGGAGGACCGUGCUACCAAGCAGUUCAACUUUCCGAGUUCGAGAUCACUGACACCAUGAAAAUCGAAUGGGCUCCCAUAGGGGUUCCCAUGGAACGGCGUCGCCAGACGUUUGCCAUGGCCUUCCUCAUCCUCUCCUUUAUGGUACUCUCCUUUGGAUCCUAUUUCUUCGUUGCUGCCGUGCUGUACUAUGGAAGCCUUUUGUGGCGCACCAUUAUGGUCAUCUAUUUGGUCUAUGUCUAUGCGAAUCACAGGAGAACCCACUCCAUUAUGGAUGGUAAUGGAUGGAAGAUUAGCCGCAACAAUUGGCUGUUUCGGCACUAUCGGGACUACUUUCCCGUACAGCUGGUCAAAACCGCAGAGCUGCCGCCGAAUAAGAACUACAUUUUGGCCAGUUUUCCGCACGGAAUUUUGGGGACCGGCAUUUCCAUCAACAUGGGUCUGGACAUCUCCAAGUGGCUGAAACUGUUCCCGCAGGUGAGGCCCAAGGUGGCCACUUUGGAUCAAAACUUCCUGACGCCCAUCGUGCGUGGUCUCCUGAGAUCUUGGGGCCUGGUGUCGGUUUCCAAGGAUGCCUUAGUUUACCUGCUAACCAAAUCAAACGAUCCCAAGCACAAGGACAAUCGGGAUGGGUUCACCUCCAAUGCGGUGGCUAUUCUGGUGGGUGGUGCCCAGGAGGCACUGGACUCGCACCCCGGCAAAUAUAUAUUGACACUGAAGAACCGCAAGGGAUUCGUUAAAAUGGCCAUUAGAACAGGGUCUUCUAUUGUGCCCACGUUUUCCUUUGGCGAGGUGGACAUCCUGGAUCAGGUGGCCAAUCCACCGAACUCUCGGGUUCGUCGCUUCCAAGACUUUGUAAAGAGGAUUACGGGGAUAUCUCCGCUGAUUCCCGUUGGCCGCGGUAUCUUCAACUACUCCUUUGGCUUUCUGCCCAACCGUCGACGCAUUGUGCAAGUUGUUGGCGCUCCAAUCGACGUGGUUCAGAGCGAUCAACCAGACGCAGCCUAUGUGGAUAAGAUACACAAACAGGUCAUUGAGGACCUGGAGAAGAUGUUCGCCAAGUACAAGGAUCAGUACAUACCGAACUCUAAGCAGGACAAGCUGAUUAUACACUAGUCGAGAAGUUAUUGUCAAACAAUGUGAUCAAAUAAGUGCUUUAUAAGCAUUUAAUAUAAAAAAUUACUAAUUUUA